CCUGCCCGCCAUUAGCACUUCAAACUCACCAUGUCGUCGCGUCAGCCCAGGUUCAACCAGCAGGCCCUCAUCGACACCACUCCGCUACCCGAUGACAUCCCCAAGGUCAAAGAACUCGGCGCCAGUUCUGCCCCUCUCCUCAGCGCCUCCUUCUUCAUCGGUGCGCGGUGCAAGGCCUUCAACGAUGACUACAUGAUGUGCAAGACCGAGGCGAACGGCCGGGGUGAAUUCGACUGCAUGCAAGAGGGUCGCAAGGUCACCAGAUGCGCAGCCAGCGUUAUCAAGGAUAUCAACGAGAACUGUCUGGCUGAGUUCCGCACUCACUGGCAAUGCCUGGAGAACCACAAUCAGCAGCUAUGGAACUGCCGGUCAGAAGAGCGGAGGUUGAACAAGUGCGUAUUUGAGAAGCUGAAAUUGGAGAAGACGAUACCAGAGGCGCCCAAGGGCGAGACGCCCGUCCAUUUGCGAGCACGCAACAUCUUUGCUACUCAUUGAGCUUUGUACAUAUAUCACCAGGGACAGGAAAAUCAACGACUC